CGUCCAAAAAGGACUUGCAGGGCAAUAGAGUGGGGUAAUCCCAGCUCUUUUUAAAACAACUUCCCAGCACGGAACCCGUCGUGGAGACUUUAUGCUUUAUCCUGGACUCUGCAGCAACCACGGCGACAGGAGUCAUCGGGAUGUUGGCAGGAUUUACUUCAGGUUGAAGGAAGGUAUUUACGAAACAAGGGGUUCAAAGUCAAGGAGAAACUCUGGAAAACUUUUUGGAUUUAUGUUUCUGAUGCUCUUUUGUUACUCUUAAUUGAUGCGGCUCCCGAGCAGACCGGUCUGUCUAUGAUUUCUGGAUUUUGUGUGGGAUCUCCAGAGUUUUGGAGAGUUGAAAGCUGUGAGAGGGUUUGCAAGACUUCUGGUUUAAUUGAGCUGGCGACAGCAGGUCACUCGGCGGUGACUGUGUGUAGACUUCUCCUUAUUCAGACGUACAGUGAUGUUGAACGCAACCCACGACUGAAUAUUAGUUUUUAAUGCUGCUGGAGAGCCAAAAAGGGUGACCACCGGAUGCGCAUGUGGUACGCACGGUGCACAAACUCUUGGUCUUGCGCUACGAGUGUAAAUCGAUGUGGCAUCUUCCGAGACCCGGACGGGACCGACAGGACAUAUCCAAAACUGUCUAGGUUGUCGUAUGUUCAAGUCGAAACGCUCAGGUCUUGUACGCCGACUCUGGAGAAGCCGUCUGGUCACUGAGAGCGACGGGCGGGAUGGAUGCAGAGGAGGUGAGGGAGGACGGAACGGUCCGUGUCGCAGACACUCAGGAAAGCUCUACAGACAUGAGCAGCGGUCGGUGACACAUACUGAGCCCGCUCCGGGACUCACGGGAGAGGCUGGAGACCUGUCAGAGAGCGCGGGGAGGGAGGAAGAGGAGCAGCUUGCUGAUCACCAGGGUGCCAUGUGCGUCCCGGAGCACGGAGCGUCGGGGCAGGACGGCGACGGCAGGACUAUAACGUGUUGUUUGUUUGGGGAAUGGGAUUUCAGUCCUCAGAGACCUUAUUGGACCACGAGAAAAGACGGAGGGGGUCCUUGUCAGUGCGCAUCGAGGCAUGCGGGGCUGGAGGAUGAACUGGCGAGCAUUGCUCAUGCUUUUUUGAAAAGACUGAAGGAGAGAUCUCUGGACGCUUUGGCGAACGCUGUAGAGACCAAAGAAGGGAUACCCAGCGAGUGUGUCAUGGUGCCGAGGACUGAGCUGCAACUCGGCGCUCAUCACAUCUCUCCACAGUUCCUCUUGUGUAAGCUGUACCGCUGGAGCGACUUACCUCUCUCGGCCCAUCUCAAAGCGCUGUGCCACUGCCAGAGUUUUGACGCACUGGACAGCGCAAAGGUGUGCAGCAACCCCUAUCACUACAGCCGCAUAUGUGGGCCAGAAUCACCUCCUCCCCCAUACUCUUUGUCCCACUCAGAGGAGCAUAAGCCACUGGACUACACAGACUCAACCCUGUCUUACACUGAACCCCCCGCCUUCUCCGGUCCGCCUCACAUUAUGUCAAGAGACUACACAGACACUGGUACCUCCCUCGGCUCCUCGACCUCUGAUGGACAUCGCUCUCACUGGUGCAGUGUUGCCUACUGGGAGCAGCGCACGCGUGUAGGUCGCCUAUAUCCAGCCCACGAGCCCUCACUCAGCAUCUUCUAUGACCUACCUCAGGGCACGGGCCUGUGCCUCAGCCAGCUCCACACCAACAGGAAUAGCCACAGCAGCAGUGUCCAACAGAUACGCCGUAAAAUCGGCUUCGGCAUCGUGUUGAGCCGUGAACCGGACGGAGUCUGGGUGUACAAUCGCAGCCAGCACCCGGUGUUUGUGCACUCACCCACUCUGGACCCACCCACUGCUCGAGGACUGAGUGUGAAGAGGGUGAUGCCAGGCUUCUCGCUCAAAGUGUUUGACUUUGAGCGCUCCAGCUGGAUGGCAGGACACGGCAUGAAGCCUGAGAGCCAGGAGGGGCCCUGGGACCCCCACAGUGUUCGCAUAAGUUUUGCUAAAGGAUGGGGCCCCUGCUACUCCAGGCAGUUCAUCACCUCCUGUCCCUGCUGGCUGGAGGUGCUGCUCAACAACCACAGAUAGCACACACACACAGGCUCACAUGAG